AUGACCGGCAUCAAGGUCGACUACAACGUCUACAAGGCCCGCAUUUCCCAGGGGAAACCUAACUCCACUACCACUACCACUGCCACUGCCACCGCCCCAGAAAACCCUCCAGAAUUUGCGCAGAAAGAGCAUAGCACCCCUUUGGACAGCACCAACGGAGAGCCCAUCCUAGAUACGACAGAGCGCGACGUCAACAGCGAGCAAUUCCCCCUUGGCAAUCUGGACCCUAACACCCCCGCCACUACAUCCGGAGGAACUCCCGAUGCACCGUACCCGAAUUCAUUCGCGUACAUUGUUGAACUGAUCACAACGGGCCAGCCAAUACCUGGAAUCAAGCAGAUCCCCAAUGAGCUCAACUCGGCACCACCGAGUGAACCGGUUCGCGCGAAGAGGCUGAAACCUUGGGAGAAGGCUAGCAACGACAAUCUUAACCCUUAG